AUAAAUCCAAAGUCUUCAUGGCUUUCAUAUAAGUGGAAUGUCUAAUAGUUUUAAUAUAUUGUUUGACCUCAUUUUCAAAGAUGGAAAGGAGGGGUUUUUUGAUUAGUGUAUCGACAUUUGUGGAUAUGCCAUUUGGCUAAUAGUAUAAUAAGAUUUUUUUUCACAGAUGGAUAGUCAAUGAAGCCAAAGGGCAAGACCAAAAUAAAUGAAAAACAUCUUCAGAGUCUCCUUCACAGAAAGAGCAGUUGACACCUAGGCCUGUAUCUUUUUUGAAUCGUUGUAAAAAGAAAUUCAGAUGGGUAAAAUCUGUGAAUUAGUUUAAAAGAUACUUCUUUUACUUUAUUAUUUAUCAUAUAUCUAGCAGGUAAGUUCCAAAUCUUUUUCUAGUCAAGGUUUUUAACAGUUGUUCCAUUAAGCUACCACAUAUGGAAUUGAUACGACUUCUUUCUGAAAUAAUGAACGUUGCGUGUUGAAGAGAAACAAAUUUACAACCGUUCAUCACAACAAUAACAAGACUCUCUUAUUUUGAAGUCAUCAGUGUCAUUCCGGAAGUGCAAGUCGGAAGGAAGUAGAAAAACAUAUCUCGUCUUUGUGAUGAGCGACGGGCAGGUUGAAAUCCAAACAGGUUCAGUCAGCGGCUCCGUUACCGACAUCGACGCGUGUUUCCGAGCCCGUCGGAGCUCCGUGACUCCCGUUAGGAGGUGUCUCAGCCCGCUGUGGUUUCCUCUCGAGCGGCGGGAUGGCCGUUUUAACCAGCAAAGCUCUUCACGAGCAGCUCUGUAUCAUCAUGGGCGCGCUGACCAAGGCGGCGGUGGCGGAGAUCUGCGAGGUGGUGGACGAAGGUUACGCGGUGCUGCAGAUGGAGAUCACCCGGAGCCACAAGGAGAACGAGGACCUGAAGAAGAAGCUGCACCUCAUCGAGUCCAUUGUGGUCCGGGGGAGCGGCGGGGGGAACGCGGCGGCACUGGAGUUCGCGCCGGCCGCGGAGGGCGCACAGCAGGCGGAAACACAGCAGCAGCAGCAGCAGCAGCACCGGGACGGUGAUGGAGGAGCCACCGCCGCUGCUCCCGGAGGAGAUGGAGGAGGUGCCGUGGUGGCGCGGGAGGAGCUUCCAGACGUGGUGUUGAUCAAAGAUGAAGACUCGGACAGUAGCGACGCCUUUGAGGACGGUAACACAGCACCUGCUGAUGGAGGGACGGCUGCAGCCAGGGAGGCCGCCACCUCGACUCCCAUCAGCCGGAGUACGAAGAGACACUGGCCGGCAGGUGAGGAGGCCAACAGGAGGUCGUCCUCUGAGCCAAUUACACUGAAAACCACAGGGGCACAGAAGAAGAGCGUCACCGUCUACACUCUGGACUCUCCUCGCAGCGAGCCGGGCUGCUCCACCCAGCUUGGCGGUGAUGAGAUGGAGGCUGGCGACUCAGUUUGUUCCUACUCUGCACAGAUGGACGCGGACGUCCAGCUGGUCCACCAGGAGUCCUCACUGGUCCCUCCGAGUGCUAACAGACAAACGUAUUUUGGUAACAGCGCUCUGAUGGAGUCCCCCACAAACAGAGCAGAACUAGAUCUCAGCCUGACGUGGACCAAACAGUCGAAAAGUCAGAUGAGUUAUGCUCAGUUUCACCAAAACGAAAACCUGGACAGUGAUGCUUUCGGGCUUAAGAUGAUCAGCGUCACAGGCUCGACCUCCACAGACUGCCAGCUUUCUGAAAGCAGCAACUCUGCAUUUGAGUACGACGAUGCCGACAUGAUGAACUACGGCCUCUACAGGGACCAGUCGGGGCGACCUCAGCUCAGUCAUGGGCAGCUGAGCGCCCGAGGGAAGCGCUUUGCAUGCGCCAUCUGCUCUAAGACAUACGCCACGUCUCAGAACCUGGACGUUCACAUGCGGAUUCACACAGGCGAGAGGCCGUUCAGCUGCAGCCAGUGCGGCAAGAAGUUCACCCAGUCGGCUCAUCUAAAGUCGCAUCUGAGCGUUCACUCCGGAGAGCGGCCGUACGCCUGCACGCUCUGCUCCAGGAGCUUCAUCGUCAAAUACAGUCUCAAGUUACACAUGAAGAAAUGCCAUCCCAACGUCUGAGUGAAUGAAUGUGUGCAGGUCUCAUUCCAAAAUGUUCUGUUCUGUAAAUACACAGUUUUAAAAGGAAGAAAUGUUAUUUAACACUCACAAAUAAUAAGUUUUACAAAUGUGCAAAAGACACAUUGAGUUUCAAGGUUUUAGAUGAUUUAAAGUAUGUUCUUUUAAAGAAUGAGUUUAACUUUGAGCUGCAAUAAUUAGUCUAUUAAACAGCUGACAAAAAACAAAUCAACUAUUUUGUUAACUGAAGUUAUUUUUAAAGCAUUUGAACAUUUGAUGUUUGUUGCUUCUCAAGUUUGACUUUCUUUUGUUAGCUUUAUAGUACACUGAAUAUCUGUAGGUGUCGCUCAGUUAAAAUGACAUUUGAGGACGUCACAUUGGGCUUAAAGAAAUUUUUCAAUUUUUAAUGCUGAAAAGACCAAAUAAUUAAUCGAGGAUAUAAUUGGCAGAUUGGAGAAUCUAAAAAUGAAAGGUGCCUGAUUUUGGAAUGGAACUUUACUGAGCUCAGUCUCUGCUGUUAUAAAGUCUACAGGUGUAACAGUGUACAGGUACAAAGGGUUAAUAGUUGUGUAAAAAGCAAAAGCACCGUCUUAUAAGGUUUGUGUCAUUCUUUGUUAAUAAAACAAACUUUAAAAGUGUUUUGUAUCAGUUAUUUCCUUUUAUCAAGACAGAUUUGUCACACAAGGAAUUUAGGGUAUUUAAGGUCAUUUGUGAAACUGUAGCCGUCAAUGAUUAGCACUGAAGUCAAGAUCAGCUGUAGCAGUAACUUUAUCUUAAUGAUGUGUGUUCUUGCAAAAGAGAAAUCAAAAAGUUUUUUUUUAAACAUAUAACAAGAUAUUUAUCCUGUUAACCCUGAAACAAACAGGAGCCGUGUAUAACAACAUAUAAAAGACUGUUGUUUUAAAGAAACUUAAAUGUGAAACUUAACUUUCAAUUUGUUUUCCAUCUCUGGUCGUACAGCAUGAUUGUCAUCGUAUGGAAGGAUGAAAGACAACAAUGGUCACAUUGAUUAGACAAACUAGUGUCACAUGUGCAUUCAUGUUUAGUUUAUUUGCGAACCAGUUUAAAGACCAGUUGGCUGUGUGUCCAGCUGGGACAAACCUAACUUGUUUCCAGGGGUCGGAUCAUGGAUUAAUUAAUUACCUGGCUUACUGGACUCGGGCACAGGGGCCAAAGGUUUAGAGGGCCUCUAACUGCCUGUUAAUAUUUACUGUUGGAAAGUCAAUAAUGACAAAUAAAAUUCCCACACAGAAACGCAACACAGCCACAAGGACACACAAAACAACUACAAAGAGAUACAAAAUGAUAACAAAGAGGCAAAUGACUCCAGAGAGAUGAAAAAAAAAAACAAGACUUUGAAGAGAUGCAAAACAAACACACAGAGACACAACUGCAAAGAGAAACAAAGCAGCCACAAAGACACACAAAACCAUGACAAAGAGGCAAAUUACCACAAAGAGACGCAAAAAAGAGAUUUUAAAGACAUGCAAGUUGACAACAAAGACACACAAAACAAUUGCAGAGAGAAACAAAGUGACUACAAAGAGACACAAAAGGACUACAAAGA